CUCCUGGGAAAAUACCUAGAAGCCUGGGCUGGUGAAAGGAAGGGAAGCGGAGAGAAGAAUUCCCCUCACCCAUCUGGGAAAUGGGCUCCUGCCAACUGCUGACUUCGCGCUCGCUGGCGCAGAUCCCCGCGGAACCCCGGGCGGGAGGGAGGCUGCGAACAUCUGGAGGACAUUUCUGCGAGAGCGGCUGCAGAGCAGGGCUCGGGGGAGGGAGAGAGAAGCAGGGAACAGAAGCAAUGGCCGGGGGAGAAGACAAGCCGAGGUGCUGGUGACCCUGGGCGUCCAAGUGGAUUAUUGGGGCUGCUCUCCAGGGGCCUGUCCUCACUGCCUUCCAAUUGCACAUAACCCCACAUCCCAGCCAAUGAAGACAAGAGGCAACGUGAACAAAGUCAUUUAGAAAGCCCCCGAGGAAGUGUAAAGCAGAGAAAGCAUGAAUGGUGUGCCUGAGAGACAAGUGUGUCCUCCGCUGCCCCCACCUUUAGCUGAGCCAUCAGCAGCCCAGCCCUGCCUCUCCCCACCUACUCACUGGUGAUCUGACUUUCCUUUUUUUUUUUUUUUUAACAAUUUUUUUUUUCUUUUCCAUUCUCUCUCCUUAUUUUCCUUCAGGGCAAGGCAAAGAUUUUGAUUUUGGGACCCAAGCCAUGGUCCUUCUGCUCCUUCUUUGAAAAACCCACUUUCUCCCCAUCGCCAAGCAGCCUUUGGCAAUAUCAGAUAUCCGCUCUAUUUAUUUUUACCUAAGGAAAAACUCCAGCUCCCUUCUUACUCCCAGCUGCCUUGCCACCCCUCCCAGCCUUCUGCUUGCCCUCCACCUGGCCUGCUGGGAGUCAGAGCCCAGCAGAACCUGUUUAGACACAUGGAGAAGAAACCAAGAGCUACAAGGCACACAGUCGGCUUCUUCGUGCUCAGGGUUGCCAGCGCUUCCUGGAAGUCCUGAAGCUCUCGCAGUGCAGUGAGUUCAUGCACCUUCUUGCCAAGCCUCAGUCUUCGGGAUCUAGGGAGGCCGCCUGGUUUUCCUCCCUCCUUCUGCACGUCUGCUGGGGUCUCCUCCUCGCCAGGCCUCGCAGCCCCCCUGGCCUCUCUCCCCGACUCGCACAUGAAGAUGCACUUGCAAAGGGCUCUGGUGGUCCUGGCCUUGCUGAACUUUGCCACAGUCAGCCUUUCUCUGUCCACUUGCACCACCUUGGACUUCAGCCACAUCAAGAAGAAGAGGGUGGAAGCCAUUAGGGGACAGAUCUUGAGCAAACUCAGGCUCACUAGUCCCCCUGAGCCAUCGGUGAUGACCCACGUCCCUUACCAGAUCCUGGCCCUUUACAACAGCACCAGGGAGCUGCUGGAGGAGAGGGAGGACGUCUGCACUCAGGAAAACACCGAGUGGGAGUACUAUGCCAAAGAAAUCCAUAAAUUCGACAUGAUCCAGGGGCUGGCGGAACACAAUGAGUUGGCCGUCUGCCCCAAAGGAAUCACCUCCAAGGUUUUCCGCUUCAACGUGUCCUCAGUGGAGAAAAAUGGAACCAACUUGUUCCGAGCAGAAUUCCGGGUCUUGCGGGUGCCCAACCCCAGCUCCAAGCGCAAUGAGCAGAGGAUCGAGCUCUUCCAGAUACUCCGACCAGAUGAGCACAUCGCCAAACAACGCUACAUUGGUGGCAAGAACCUGCCCACGCGGGGCACCGCCGAGUGGCUGUCUUUUGACGUUACCGACACUGUGCGUGAAUGGCUCUCACGAAGAGAGUCCAACUUGGGUCUGGAAAUCAGCAUUCACUGUCCCUGUCACACCUUUCAGCCCAAUGGAGACAUCCUGGAAAACAUUCACGAGGUGAUGGAAAUCAAAUUCAAAGGUGUGGACAGUGAGGACGACCACGGCCGUGGAGAUCUGGGGCGUCUCAGGAAGCAGAAGGACCACCACAACCCUCAUCUGAUCCUCAUGAUGAUCCCCCCACACCGGCUCGACAACCAGGGCCAGGGCGGUCAGAGGAAGAAGCGGGCCCUGGACACCAAUUACUGCUUUAGCAACGUGGAGGAGAACUGCUGUGUGCGUCCUCUCUACAUCGACUUCCGUCAGGAUCUGGGCUGGAAAUGGGUCCACGAGCCUAAGGGCUACUACGCCAACUUCUGCUCAGGCCCCUGCCCGUACCUCCGCAGUGCAGACACAACGCACAGCAAGGUGCUGGGCCUGUACAACACCUUGAACCCGGAAGCAUCUGCCUCGCCUUGCUGCGUGCCCCAGGACCUGGAGCCCUUGACCAUCCUGUACUAUGUCGGGAGGACCCCCAAGGUGGAGCAUCUCUCGAACAUGGUGGUGAAGUCCUGUAAGUGUAGCUGAGGCCACACCGCGACAGAGAGAGAGGAGAGAGAACUGCCUGACUGCCCACUCCUCGGGAAACGCAAAUCAACAGACCUCACCUAGAGGCCUGGAGCCCGCAACCCGCAGCUUCAGGCCACCGGCUGAGACGGAGGUCCCCCUUUGGAACAUUUCUUUCUUGUUGGCUCUGAGAAUCACUGUGGUAAGGAAAGUGUGGGUUUGGUUAGGGGAAGGCCGAACUCUUCAGAACACACAGAUUUUUCUGUGACGUAGACAGAGGUGGUGGGGACAGAGGAAGAGGAAUGGCAAGUUGACAAGCCGUGCGGCAAUGUGACGGGGAGCUGAGGGAGGAGGAAGGGCAGAGCACGGCCGGGACAGGGCCAGACUGGAAGACACGUCUGAUCUGAGGUCAGAUUUGCUCAUCGCAGCCCCACGUUGGCUCCGGGGAACCUGGAUCACGUCACACCCAGCAAGCGUUUUCUUCAGACAGGUUACCAAGACAUGGUCCCAGCCUUGUAUCUCCUACAACCUGGGAUGAAGGACGAGUCUGUUAUUUUUGCAAACUGUCCUCUUUGCAAACUAGCCUCUGGACAUCAACCAGCAUUAAGGGUCAUUACAGGGGAAAAGUCCAGGUGAUUUUGUUCCCAGGCCAUCAACUCUAUUGGGUCCUAUGGAUGUGUUGAACUCAGAAGCAGAGGGUGGGAGAUAACCCUCUCCCGUCUGCCCUCUGGGUCCCUCCUCUCACCUUCUUCCUCGAUCGUAUUUCCCCUUGGACAUUUGGCUAGACCCCUUCCAGGUCAGUGUGCACAUAUCUGAAUCUGGGUGUGCACAGCCUUCGGGGCAUUAAGGGCUUCCCCUCCCCCAAGACCCUGUGUCCACUGGUGUCCUGGAAGCAGGUGCUACGUGUGGGGCGCGGGGAGGUGCACGUGUGCCACACCAUGACUCGGCCCCAGACGCUAGACUGAGGUAUAGAGACAGAUACAAAUAUUACUCUCAAAGUCUUUGUAUAAAUAAAUAUUUUUGGGGAAUCUUGGAUCAUUUCAUCUUCUGGAAGAUCGUUUCUAGAACAGUAAAAGCUCGUUCUAAGUUGUA